GGACCAUUCAAAUAUCAUCAAUAAUGCCAAUUUGACGUAAACAUGAGUUAGAUUUGAGCAUGAAUGUGGGUCCCACUUAUUCGCACAUUAGGUUUGACCAGAGACCAAUAUAACCAUGGUUAAAUGAACAAGUUAAAUAAAUGAAAACCACACGUGUGGGACUUGGGGUGGGGUUUGGUGGGGGGUUGGGGUUGGGAUUUUCGUCAGAAUAAGAAGAGAGCAAAACAGAGAGAAGAGCCCUACGGCCUGUUGGGUAUGUCCCUCUGUUUUCUCUCCGUAUAAGACCCAGCAAAUUCCCAAACAAAAGUGAAAGAGAAUUUGCAGACUCUCUUUCAGUUUUAGCUUUUUCUAUACAUCUAUCUAUAUGGUUAUUAUAUAGUAUAAUAUAUACACAAACGCCACAAACAUUUACUGAUACCAAAAGACUCAAGUUAACUUCUCCCAUUUAAAGAGAUAAAAAGGAAGAAAACAUGCGUGCAAGUUUAGACCCUUUGGAUGUGGGUGUUCAGAUUCCAUACCAUUUUCGUUGUCCAAUCUCCUUAGAACUUAUGCGGGAUCCGGUAACCGUCUGUACCGGUCAAACCUACGACCGCCAAAGUAUUGAGUCCUGGGUUGCCACCGGCAAUACUACGUGUCCGGUAACAAGAGCUCCCCUCAGUGAUUUCACUCUUAUUCCGAAUCAUACUCUUCGCCGGCUUAUUCAGGAAUGGUGUGUUGCGAACCGGGCUUUCGGAGUUGAGCGGAUUCCGACGCCGAAACAACCGGCUGAUCCGUCGUUGGUCCGGUCGUUGUUGAAUCAGGCGGCGGCGGAAUCGAAUCAUUUGAAUUCUAGGCUAUCGGCGUUGAGGAGACUCAGAGGACUCGCUCGUGAGUCGGAGAAGAACCGGUCUGUAAUUUUAGCAAACAACGCACGGGAAAUUCUUCUAGCUAUUGUAUUCACCCGUAUGGAUUCGGAUUCGUCCGAGUUGAAUCACGAGUCCCUCGCGAUUCUCUCUAUGUUUCCGCUCUCCGAACCCGAAUGCAUAUUCGUCGCUUCCGAUCCGGACCGAGUUAGCUACCUGGUUUCACUGCUUUUUCAUAAUUCUAUCGAUGUCCGAGUUAACUCAGCUGCUUUGAUUGAAAUUGUCGUCGCCGGAAUGAGAUCCCCGGACCUCCGAGCUCAAAUCAGUAAUGCAGAUGACGUAUUCGAAGGAGUCGUCGGAAUUUUGAAUUAUCCAUUAGCCUAUCCGAGAGCGUUGAAAGUAGGAAUUAAGGCGUUAUUUGCAUUAUGCCUAGUGAAGCAACACCGUCAAAGAGCGGUAAACGCCGGAGCUGUAGAAGCGCUAAUCGACAGGCUACAGGAUUUCGAGAAAUGCGAUGCAGAAAGAGCACUCGCAACAAUCGAACUCCUCUCCAGGAUUCCAUCAGGUUGCGCAGCUUUAGCGUCACACGCGCUAACGGUGCCUCUGCUAGUGAAAAUCAUCCUUAAAAUAUCAGAGCGGGCGACGGAAUACGCCGCCGGAGCACUGCUAUCACUUUGCUCGGCGUCGGAACAAGCUCAGAAAGAGGCGGUUGCAGCCGGCGUAUUGAUUCAGUUACUGUUGUUAGUACAAAGCGAUUGUACCGAACGCGCUAAGCGAAAAGCGCAAAUGCUUUUGAAGCUGCUAAGGGAUUGUUGGCCGGAGGAUUCCGUCGCUAAUUCGGAUGAUUACGCUUGCAGCGACGUCGUUCCGUUUUGACUGACGGUUCACCAUUCUUACCCCUCUUGUCUUUCAAAUCUACCCCCAAUUUUUGUAAUUCGAGGUAAAAAAAGAAAAAAAAAGUCGUGUCUAGAUUUGGUAAAUAGGGAAUUAUUCCAUGUAUGUAAUUUUUGUACCUAAGAUUACCAUUUUUUUUUGCGCUGGAAA